AUGGUUUUCUUCUUAGAAAGUCUCGCGUUACAAUGGCGGGAACCACUUGCUACGAAAUUAGUGAACGAAUUGAAGACGAUCCCUGGUUCUGAGCAUUUGAUGUUCGCCGUGAACGCAAAGAAGGUAUGUUUGUCAAAGAUUACUACGAUAUUGAGUGAGAGGAUGGAUCUGCAGAAGAUUAAGAGUAAAAUUGCCGAUAAUAAGUAUGAACUUCGACAAGAAUUCCUAUCCGUGAAGGUCAAGCGAAUCGUCGAUAAUUUCGUCUAUACAAACGGGGACAAUCAUGUAAUAAACGGGAGUGGCUGCCUAAAAAGGUCUGAGAUGAUUUAA